AUGGCUUCUAGAAUCAGGGAUACCUAUGACUAUAUUAUCUGCGGAGGAGGAACCUCUGGCUGUGUGGUUGCCGGUCGACUAGCUGAAAACCCAGAAGUCAGCGUCUUGCUGCUGGAGGCUGGGCAGCAUAAUAAGGACCUGGAGAAUGUUCAUAUGACUGGCGGGUGGUCAAACAACUUCGAUGCUGAGACCGACUGGAACUUCGUCACUCCUCCAAUGGCGGGUGUUGACAACCGCCAAGUGAAGCUGAGUCGUGGUCGAUUCCUUGGAGGAUCGAGCGGUUGCAAUGGCACACUGUGCAUUCGUGGCAACAAGCAGGACUAUGAUGACUGGGGGCUAGAUGGAUGGAGUGGAGAGGAAUUUUUCAAGUACAUGAGAAAGUCCGAGACCUUCCACCCAAAGGCAUGGUUCCAGGCGGAUAGAGAGAGCCACGGACACUCCGGUCCUCUUCACACUGAGCCGCAUGAUCUAGCGCCAAUCUCUAAGCUCCUGAUGGACUCUUAUGUCUCGCAAGGCAUGCCCCUGCAUCACGACAUGUUUAGUACUGGCGAUAUUGCGCAGGGAUGUGGCCAUGUCCCUCGCACAGUGUAUCAGGGCCUACGGACAACAGGUGCCGAUUUCGUUACCAACAAGAACCACCGUGGGAACAUCACCAUCAAGACUGAUACCACUGUCGACAAAAUCAUAUUCAGCAGGCAGGCAAACGAGACUCGCGCUUCCGGCGUAGUCACUCAAGCUUCAGAUGGCUCUCGCAUCUACUACGCUCGAAAGGAGAUCAUCAUCUCGGCAGGCGCCUACUGCAGUCCUGCAAUUCUCCUUCGAUCUGGCAUCGGCCCCAAGGCAGAGGUAGAACAGCACAAUAUCCCUUCUUUGGUCAACCUACCAGGCGUGGGCAAGAACCUCAUGGACCACCUCAUCGUUUUCAUGUUCUACGAAACCGAAAAACAAGGCCUAACAAACGACCACCACGUUUACCACGGUGAUAACUUCGACCGAACCUACGCACAGUGGAAAGAGAAGAAAACCGGCUUCCUAUCCACCUUCCCCUUCGGUAGUUUCGCCUUCGCGCGCCUCGACGAUAGACUGAAAGACGAGCCACUCUGGAAAAACGCACCCCGCAACCUAGGCCGUGACCCCAUGGGUCUCACACCGCAGCAGCCAAACAUUGAGUUCUUUACCACAGAGUGCUACGGUGGUCCGAAGCAAUACGACCAAUUUCCAAUCAAUAACCAGCACGCGUUUUCCAUGAUUGCAGAGCUGUUUGCGCCGAAGUCUCGUGGCUCUGUGGUUCUCGAAUCGGCGGAUCCCUCGGUGAACCCGAUUGUUGAUUGUAAUUAUCUGGCUGAUCCGCUUGAUCUGUUGGUUCUCAGUGAGGCAUGUCGGUUUGGAAAUGAGGUUGUUAUGCAGGGUGCUGGGACGAAGGAUAUUGUUAAGGGGUCCUGGCCGCCGAACUUGAAUCACCAUACUUAUAAAUCGAGGGAGGAGUGGGUUCCGUAUGUGAAGCAACAUGCGACUACUUGCUAUCAUGCAGCGGGCACUUGUGCCAUGGGGAAGAAGGAUAAUCCCAUGGCUGUUCUCAAUGAGAAACUGCAGGUCAGGGGUGUUUCGGGGUUGCGAGUUGCUGAUUGCAGUGUCAUGCCUACUUUGCAUGGAGGGCAUACCCAGAUGCCGGCUUAUGGCAUCGGGGAGAAAUGUGCGGAUUUAAUCAAAGAGACAUGGCGGAUGGCGGGCAAUGUCUAUCCUCGUAUCUGA